UUUUAAUUAAAAUUUAUUUCUGGUAUGAGUGGAAGUCCUGUUCACCAAUAAUUAUAAAAAACUUUAGAUGUAGUUUAAAGAGGAUUUGAAGAGAUAGUCUAAAAUAUUCCAAAACAAUAUCAUGAACAAUGUAUGAGUUAAAAUGCAAAAAAUUUUGAAAAAUAUGCAUAAUGUAUAAAAAAGGAUAAUUAUUUAAGGUAUGUAUUAAAAAAGCAAAGUUGUAGAAAAAUAAAUGAAAGCUUUUGAUUUCAAGAUGCUUUUUAUGGGGAUUACAUUUGAUUAAUGCAUUAAGACUAGUUAAUAAGAUUAAUGUAUCUAAAAUGCUAAAUCAUCAGUUGAAGGGUUUAUCAAUGAUUUUUAGAAGGUUGUUAAAUGA